CCAGCUGUUCUGACUUCCGCUUCAGUGCCGAGCGAGAGCCAUCAUCACUCAGGACGCGUCCGGAUCGGCUCAGAGAGUCAGUCAGCGGGAUUAUAAACACACGAACGCGCUUCUUCCAAACGGGAAUCGACAAAAGCAGGAUCUCUGAGCCCCUCUUUCCCCUUCUCCUGCUUUCUGGAAAGCUCUGCCGUGCUCCUGGAUAAAGGAGAAGCCGUUUUCCGACAGCUCCUCCAGCAAGAGAAGCAGAGAGCAGUCUCAGAGAGAGGACAGUGGACUCAAUGAGGGAGCCAGAGAGUGAGGAGCAGCUCGACCCCAGCAUGCCCCCUAAAUUUAAGCGGCAUCUGAAUGAUGAAGAGGUCACUGGUUCCAUUCGCAGUGAGCGGAGAAACCUUCUAGAGGAAGGCUCGGAUGAAGAGGAGGACUUUUUCCUGAGAGGACCAACAGGACCAAGAUUUGGAGGCCAAAAUGACAAAAUUAAACAGGUGCAGUCUCAGGUGGAUGAAGUCAUUGACGUCAUGCAGGAGAACAUCUCGAAAGUAAUUGAACGUGGGGAACGGCUGGAUGAGCUGCAGGAUAAAUCCGAAAGCCUAUCGGACAAUGCAUCAGCAUUCAGCAGUAGAGCCAAGCAUCUCCACAGAAGGAUGUGGUGGAAAGACAUGAAGAUGAAAAUGAUUGUAGCGCUGGUGGUUGUCAUUCUUCUCCUCAUCAUAAUCAUUCCUGUGAUCUUGCGGUAUCGCUAGUCUCUGGCAGGGAAGUUAGAGGCAUGAUGUACUCUUCCUCCCUCCUCUCCCUCAUCUUUCUGCUGUCAUUCCUCCGUACCAGAGGGGGCGCUGCAUAGGGUUGGGCUGCCCACUGUAUUUGCCUAUUUUGGCAGGAUCUGGAAACAUAACAAGCAGGGGCAGAGUUUAAUUUGUGAGUGUGCGACAACAACAACACAUCAAGCUCUCAUCAAGGCUCAAACACUGGUGCAGACCAAUCUCUUGUAUGCGCACAAACACAAUGGUUAUUUUCUUGUACAUGCAUCCAGUAAGACUGAAGAAUAUAAAAAAAUGUACUAUACACAAUGAAACAUGGAGAGAAAAAAAUUAGCCCUGCAUUCCUGGUAUUUCGAUGUCCUAUUUAUAGUUAAUCAGACGUUAGAGCCGUUUAACGAUUAAACUGGAUCCAUUUCCCACAACGCUAGGAUUAUGAAAUACUGUCUUCUCAGGUGGGUGGGGCCAAACAGGAAACCUGAUGAUGUCACACUGUAAAAUGGCUGUGAUGUCAUCAUCUGUGUAACUCCUGUAAAUUUUAACAUGGGGAAAACAAUGGGUAGAAUUCAGGUUAGUCUGAAAUGCAACAAGUAAUGUUACUUAAUAUUUGCUGCUAUUACCAGCUGUAAUGUUUGCAUAUUUGGCAACAAUGUUUUAAUUGACUGUGGUUAAUUGUGUUGAGUUGGUUAUUUUGAUAUGAAGGAAUUCGUAUCAGCGUUUAUCAUGCUUGUAAAAUGGUUAAUGUAAAAAUUGUAGUUCUCUUCACUGGUCACUGGUGUAAUUUUAACAGCUUGUUAUGAGUCAGUAAUGUAAUCGUUGUGUGCAAUGAUGAUUUGGUUCACUAUUGCUGAAGGUGACCUGAACACAUCUGUACAUUUGGUUUAAUCCAUAUUAUUUUACUGAUUAUUUUACUAUUUUACUUUUUGUUGUUUUGUUAUAUUUAUUUGUAAAUAUCAAUUCCCCAAGUCAGUCGGCAUUGGCUUUCCAUUGGGAGACUGUGAAAUAAUCUUGCGUUUAAAAUAAAGCGAUUGUAAAGGGCCA